UCGACACAGAACCAAACAAUCGAUCAAUGGGUGUCGACCAAUACUAUUGCUCGAUAUUUUCAAACUCGACUGUCAUGCACCAGCUCGAAAUGGCAAAAGUGGAAAAAUGGAAGAAAAACAACAAGGAACAAGAAGAAGUAGAGUCGCAAAACCAAAAAUUUUUGAAAGUGCCGUAAAGUUCUAGAUAAAAAGUGUGUUUGCUUCGCGUCCCUGCAAGCGAGCGUGGGUCGGAUUGUAGCCAACCGGAGUAUCCGUAUCGGGGUACGCUGGCGAGAGGUGGAGGAUCGUCGGGUUCGCGGUCGUGUUUUUGUUGGUGCCGUAGCGUAGCGUUUUGUCGUCGCAAGUAGGGUUCCCGCGGCGGAAGCGGGGCGGCUGGAACGGCGGGAUGCGCAUAACGCGGUACUCGCGAUCCAGCGGUAGAGGCGACCGUGUUCGCUCAAACCCGUACCGCCGACGUGGUUCGGGCGGCGGCGGUCCACACGACGAGCCACAUUCGCGGGAGUACGCGAGCCUCAGUCAACAUACGCCACACUCCACCUACAGUCAGCACGGGCAUGGACGGCAGCAUGUCGUACGGCGGAACGACUGGAUUGCCACGCCGGAACGGAAAACGUCGCACCGAGACGCGAUGGUGGAGUUGGCACACGAGAGGCACCCUCGAGAACGAGAACGUCGGCGGGAAGAUGAUGCUUCGCGACGAUCGAGCCGCGAUCUCAGCUUGUCGUCCGUGCUGAGCGAAAUCAGCUCGGGCAGCAGCUGCUUCGGUACGGUGCGGGCUAGCGAAGCGUAUGGCAGUCCGGUGUACGAGGAUCUGACCGAAGACGAUCUCCGCUCGCUGGAUCUGGAAUUUGCCGAGGACGAGGAAGAAGUCGAUCUGGAGGAUGAGGAAGAUGACGAUCAGACAAUGUCGUCGGCCGGCAUGAUCGUGGCACCGCCGGUGAUCAAGCACAAGAAGCGGAAGAAAGACAAAAAGAAGAAAGAGAAGGCGAAGGAGCGGGAGCGGAAACGGGCGAAACGGGAGCGGCGUCGUCAGAAGGAGAUUCUCGAGGAGCGCAUCUGUCCACCGGAUCACGAGGUGGCCCAAUCGAAGGAAAUCUUUGCCUCGGGCCAAAACAUUCUCGUCAGCGUUAGCUUCAUUGAUAAUGAAAAGACAAAGGAACGCGAUAAGCACAGGAAGAGCAAACGGAAGAAGCUGAAGAAACAAAAGAUCCGGGAAAAGGUUACCAUUACCAAGCAGGAGCGAUUAACCGGGCACAGCUCAGGAAAGAUCCGGCGACACAGUGCCAGCUCAUCGAACGGGGAUCCGAACAUGGCGCUUGAAAGCAUAUCCGAGUCGCAACAGCAUCAGUCAAAGCCGAUGAUCGGUCUGAUGGAGCAACAGAAGCAGCAGAACUCACAGGAGCAGGAGCAGCAAAAAGAAUCGGCCAUUCAACCACCUUCGAAGAAAAAGAAACUUGAUCCGGGCGUCAAACCAGUGAUGGUGAUCGAUCUGGAACGAUCCCCGGGUGGACAGGUAAUAUCCAGCCCCCGGGAGGUGAUCGUGCUGAGUGAUGAGGAAGGCAAACGGGGUACACGGGGAAAGGAGGAAGCGAAGGCUAACGAAAACGAUCUCAGCAAUCGUGGCCCAAAUACACCUCCGGAACCGGCACCGAAGUCACCGGAUUCGUACGAUCCGUUCGAACCCACUAAAUCGUCCCCUAGUUCGGGGAUCUCGCGACACGAAAUAGGUACCUUAUCAACAAUUAGCUACCCCGACCACCACCACCACCAUCAACACCAUCAGGAGGCGGUGACGGAGGAGCCGAAGGAAGUGAAAACGGAAUUCCAUCAGCCACAUCACCAUGCGCACCAUGGACAUGUGCACCAUCAUCACCUUCACCACCACCACCAUCAUUCUCAUCACCAUCAGUCGCACCACACGCACGGCAAUCACGCUGCACCACCGGAACGGUCAGUCGCAGCGGCGGAACACGCGACGAGCGUAUCUGCGGGAUUCAACGAUGACAGCAUACUCGAUCUUCAUCCCGAGUCUCCGUUCGAAAAGCUAGACGUCAACAGUCCGCGUACGGCCAUCUCCUCCUUACCUCCGCAAUCCUUCCAUCCUUCGCCAAUGAAAGCCAUCAUUCGAUCCAUGCCGAAAAAGCUGUUGGCUGCCGGUGGGGGCAAUAGUCGCGAUUCGCGCUCACAUUCGACAGCUCCAAAGGCGAAUGCAAACUCGGGCACUACACUACACGGCGCAACGAUGAGUGGCCGACCGGGCAUCGGCCCCACGACCAGUGGGGGUGUACCGUUCGAAGAGGAGCUGAACGAUGGCGAUAUCUCACCGUACUCGCCCCGAUCGAGUGAUUGUGAUGCGCAGCUGUUCGAACCACCGCAGGAUGGCAACGGUGGCGAAACGCAAACGAUCGCACUAACGGUCGACAAUCUGCGCAAGGUGUUCGGAAACGAUCCGAAAACACUGUACGGUGAUCUGCGCAAAAGCUACCAGCACUGCUCGGUCAUAGCCGUGGACGAGAUGUACAAACCCCACAAAAUGACGAUGGAAAUGUUGGAUGAAAUUCCGGAUUCGGCCGUCGAUAUGCAGGUGAAGGAAAAGCUCAUGAAGAAGCUACAGCGACAGGAGCGCAUCGUGGAGGAGGUGAAGCAUUUCCUGAAACCACACUUCAACAAAAAGCGCAUCGACAAGGACGAAUAUAAGGAAAUUAUGCGAAAAUCUAUACCCAAGAUCUGCCACAGUCGUUCGGGAGAAAUUAAUCCAGUGAAGAUACAGGCGCUAAUUACCGCGUACGUGAAGAAAGCAAUUGCCAGUCGAAGGUUACUGGGCGGUGGUGAGAUGGGUUCCGCGUCCGCCACACCGAUGGCAAGUGUCGGCUAUGUACCAUCAACGACGGGAGCACCGGCACCCUAGUUCCGUGGGGUAUAGAAAGUGUACAGAAAACGGGCCGUGAACAGGUGCGAACAGGUGUCUUGAGUUCGGUUACCAUCAGGAUAUCCUCCGCAAGCAUUGCGGAAGCAUUGCGUCCGAUCAUGAAAUGGUAAAUGAAAAAAGAAGCGCGCAAUAGUAUCGAUCACGAUCGAUCAAUCGUGGAAUAUAUAUUUUUGUCUUAAGCCUAAGAAGUGAAUUCCGUUAAUGUGAAUCGCAUCUCAUUUAGCAUAGCGUACGUCGCGCGCGCGUGCGUACGCGAUUGUGUGUUAUUUGUGACUGUGUACAGGGCUGAAGUCCGCGGCGAAUAGCGAAACUGUGAGUGCGUGCAUCGGAUAUUGUGUGGUGUACAAAGUGGAAGGUUGAAGAUGAUAUUGUUCUGGCCAGAUUUCACGAAUGUUUCCAAUAAUAAGCCAUCCGAGAGAAAGAGAGCUAGAAAUGGUGCUGGUCUAUCUGUGCAUUGAAGAGAAUACGUGUGGCACAUGCCUAGUAGGCUAGGAGUUGAAAUCAGUUCCAAGGGGUUCGCGCGUUCGUGGUUGGGAAUGCCGGUGCCAAGUGUGUGUAUGUGAUGAGUGGGUGGUUCGUGUACUUGUGGUUUGAUGGUUGCGUUAGCAAAGAGCCAUCGGGCAGCCUUGGGUCUAAUGGGGUGAUUAAUAGGUGUGGUGGGUGCAACAGGAAGGAUAACGUAGUGGUAUAUCUGGAAGAAUGCAAAUGGUUGCUUUGUUUUAUUUUUUUUUACUACUCUCUAUCUUCGUUCAUAUGCCUUCUGAACAUGUGUGCAACUCGCGUUUCUCCUGCGUCCAACUAAUCUCGGUCGAAUAGCAGCGACCACAGAGGAGAUCAAUAGUCUGUAAAGUGUUAUGCUAGUAAUUUCUGCCUAUUAUUUUGUGAAUUGGUCGUUUCAGAAGCAGUAUCUCUCGUGUAGUUUAAGAUAAGAGAAAAAUUGAUUCCUUUAUUGGACUACCCUUACCACCUAACUGUGGACGUUGUGUUUGUGUGCCGUAAUAGGGAAAAAUGAUGAAGUUACGGCACGUGGUGUGUACUGAAAGAGAAUUAAUUUAAUCCAAUCCAUAUGGGGAGGGGUUGCAACACACGUGCAACGACAUAUUAGGAAAUAAUGCUAGUUACUAAUGCUCAGCAUCGGCAUAAGUGAGUUUAUGAAUUCAUAUUACCAACCAAACCAUUACAGGGUAGUACACCGACCACCAUCACCACCAUCACCACACAACCAACAGCCGUACCGUGUGGUUUGUAUAGAGCUGAGAUGAUGGCACACACAAAAGGCGCCGAGCGAGUAAAAUUCGCUUCUCCCUAUCGGCCAAAAAGUGGCAUGGAAAUAAAAUUGUAAAUAUUAAAGAGAACUGGUUAUACAAAUACUAUCGGAGUGCCUCAUUUCUUGCUGCCCGAUAAAUCCGAGAUAGCAAACGAAGGGCAGGGUCCAUAUGUCGGCAGAUGGGGCAGAUACCUCAAUGAAGUAUGAAAUUUCCCUUUAUCCUCUCUCUCUCUCUCUCUGUGUAACGAUCAUUUUCCUUUUAAUCCCAACUCAUGAUUUAUCUGCAGAGUAUUGUUCAUAACUAAUUCCACUCUUCUGGUUUACAAAAAAAAAUAUUUUACCCCAGGCCAUGCAGAUUGGAUCAUUUUAAGAGUGUAUACUGUUCGUUAACGCAUAGCUGGUCUUUUUUUUGCAAUAUGAAGUUUUUUGAAAAUUAUGUUCUUUUUCAAUCUUCCAAUAAUUGUAAAGCUCAUUAGCAUUUAUU